GAGAUGGAUAUUAAUCGACCAGCAAAUGUGUCCUUUUUUGAUUUCGUUGGAGGAGUCCAACUUCUCCAGGGGGAGGAGACCAGGACAGCCAUGCCUGUUGUCCUCAUCGGGAUCUGCGUGUCCGGAGCAGUUGGGAAUUUGCUCGUUUUGCUGAUUUUGAUCCGUGACUUUAGAAACAAAAGGGGCUCCGAGGUGAAAGUCCUCCUCUCAUCUCUGGCCUCCUUGGACUUGGCGAUCCUGCUGCUGUGCGCUCCUGUGCGCGCGGUCACUUACUACAAGCAGACCUGGACCCUGGGCAGCUUCGUGUGCAGCACCACGGACUGGUUCCAGCACUCGUGUGUGGUUGCAAAAACUUUACUCCUUGCAGUCACAACAAGAGCCAAACACACUUUGGUACCCAGUCCCAACACGGGGCCCCCGAACAUCCCGACGUGGAUCCAUGGAGCCGUGGCGUUUAUCUGCGUCGUGUCCAUGAUGUUUCCAAUUCCCCAGAUGCUUUUCGCCUCUCUGGUGCCUCAUGCCCGAGACACUAUUUGCGUCUCCAAAAUGCCAGCGUGUGCAGCCGACUUCAUGAGUUUGUUCUACAAGAUUUAUCCAACUGCAUGCUAUGUGGUGCCGGUCAUCUUCACCAUUGCCUACUACACCAAAGCUCUGCACACCGCGGUGAACCACGCACCCAGCCCGCAGCACCAGAGCAAAGUCACCCUUGUUUUGUUGUGUCUCAGUGGAGCUUUGGGGCUCAUGCUGCUGCCAGAGUGGGGCACGUUCACCUGGAUCAGGCUAGGGUACAACAAGCCUCCCGUGGGUUUGAUCAUCUUUGCGCAAGUCAUGGUUUACGCUUGCAGCGCCUUCUCUCCGGUGAUCCUAAUGACCAUGUACGACGACGUGCGCCAAGGACUGAUCCAGAUCUGUUUCAUCGCGUCCUGCAGAGGGUCGAAGCCGCUUCCCAGCAACAAGUGUCAAAAAACGGAGGGAAACGGAGCAGAAGUGGGGGCCAACUCCGUGGAAAACGCAAUCGCACAGGAGGGGGAGAAGACCAUCCCAGAUGUGGAGCACUUUUGGACAGGGCGCAGGAAUACGCACGUCGAGGUUGAGCAGGAUCCGGUUCCAUGGGAGAGAGAAGAGAAAAUGUUGUAGAGAAUCAGAUGUGAAAAGUGUUUUUUACUCGGCUUGUUUCUAGUGUGUUGACCCACAGUGCAUACCCUCGUUGAACAGCUGUUUGUAUGUUGUUAUUAGAUGUAAAAUAAAGUAUUUCAGUGUGUUUCUCUUUUGAAUAUCUGUCUGCAGUUUAAAACAACUUUAUUAGAGG